UCAGACGCAGGGUGCGGAUGAUAAGCGGCGAGUCGGAGGCAGCAGCUACGACAGCAGGAGCAGCCCAGCCCAGCGAGCGGCUCACGGAAACCAAACCGUCAACAGGCCGGGCAGGGGCAGCUCUCUUUCUUCAACCUCCCUUACCCUUUCAGCCACAAAAAUGACAUCUAGGAAGAAAGUUUUGCUGAAAGUCAUUAUCUUGGGAGAUUCAGGGGUAGGGAAAACCUCCUUGAUGAACCAGUAUGUGAACAAAAAAUUCAGUAACCAGUACAAGGCAACUAUAGGUGCAGACUUUCUCACCAAAGAAGUGAUGGUGGAUGAUCGAUUGGUGACUAUGCAGAUCUGGGAUACAGCUGGACAAGAGCGGUUUCAGUCAUUGGGUGUAGCGUUCUACAGAGGAGCUGACUGCUGUGUGCUGGUCUUUGAUGUAACGGCACCUAAUACGUUCAAAACUCUUGAUAGCUGGAGGGAUGAGUUUCUCAUUCAAGCUAGUCCGCGAGAUCCAGAAAACUUUCCAUUUGUUGUCCUUGGAAACAAGAUUGAUUUGGAAAACCGACAAGUCACUGCAAAAAGAGCACAAGCAUGGUGUCAGAGCAAAAAUAAUAUCCCUUAUUUUGAAACCAGUGCAAAAGAGGCAAUAAAUGUGGAACAGGCUUUUCAAACAAUUGCACGGAAUGCACUUAAACAGGAAACUGAAGUGGAACUCUACAAUGAAUUUCCAGAACCAAUCAAACUAGACAAGAAUGACCGGGCAAAGACUCCAGAGAGCUGCAGCUGCUGAGUGGGUGGGAAAGUUUCCUCAAAUUAGGCCUUUGACACCAGUCCUCACCCCUGCCCUUUCCCCUUCCCUCAACCACAAGCCAAGAUUCCUUUGUGCACACUGCGUAGUGCCCUCUGUGCACAAGGAAGAGUUGCAUCUCAUUAGCAGAGCUGUUGUAUAACUGGUAGUAACAUUGGAAGGAAACUAAUGUAUACUGAACAAAGUUUAUUGUUUGAAGACCCAUGUUUUACAAUUGUACUGUAAAAUGAAUGAUUAAAUGAUUUUUAAAAUCUGUUCUGUCUAAAAGGUGAGAACUGGAGAUGACCAGUGCUCUUUCUCCCAAUCUUCAAAGCCCUUUUUUUUUUUUAAACUGUUCUUGGAGAUAAUUGAGGGAAAGUCAUCUUGCUGUGGAUUAUGUUCAUCCUGUUCCUUAUCUAUUUAGUGUUGCACAUUGCCUCCCCAGUUCAUGGUGACCUCAUUUGAAACACCAUUUACUUCGAACUGAUUUUUGGGACAAGGAAUAAAAUGCUCAAUGAGCACCAGCAAUUCUUGGGAGAUGGUAUGACCAGGCCAUACUUUAUUGGCAAUUAAACGUAAAUGACUUUGGUCCAAUAUUCCAAAAAAUACAUCAAUUGCUUAAUCUUUGCAUCUGGGUUUUCAGUUUAUAAGUGUUCUUAAAUUGAUUUACUUAUGCUUUGAAGUACUGUAUGCAAAAAUCAGUAUUAAAGUCAACUUGUUUUGCCUGCAGCUACCCACAGAAAAGAUUAGUAACAUGAAGUUACUGCUGAACAGACUUCGUCUGGUACUAGUGACUCUUUGCCAAAGUUGCUAGUCUUGCUUCUUAGCUUUAAAUUACACUUCCAUCUACUUCCUGCAAAGGUUCACAUUAUAGUAAAUGGGAUAAAUUUCUGUAAUCAUGAGGAUAUUGCCAAUAAAUAGAACAGGAGUGACUUUGUUUCUUUCA